UCCCAAAUCUCUCUCUCUCUCUCUCUCUCUCUCUCUCUCUCUCUGAGCAAGGCAGGGAAUCCCCGUUUCAAGAAAGCCCUGAAUCUCUCGGUAACGAAAAAGUGUCAUGUUUAUUCUCGUGAUCUCUCCCCGUUUUCACCAUCCUUUGGAUUUUUCUUGAUCUCAAUCUGAGUGCAGUAAGUACCCUUUUGUUUUCCUUCCCUUCAACUUCCCAAAAGUCUCUUCCUUUCCGAUUCUCUCUUUUCUAAUUCUCCGAUUCUGUAUCGGGAGCUCAUAUCUCUCAGCCAUUGUCUUGGGUUCAAAGCAUUUCAAACGUGCACUCCAAGUGUUCGUUUUCCCUCGCUUUCUCCUUCAACAAGCUUUUGUUGAAGCGCUUAGCUAUUAGCCCCAUAACAGUUUCAUUCAGUUGAACCCGCGUCCUAUUAAAUGCCUAGCUUGUCGUAUUCUAACUUAUUUUUUCUCUUACUCGACGAGUUCAUUGACCGUUAUGAGAUCAUUACUGGAAACACCCAUCUUUCCUGAUUACAAAUGGCCGUUUUAUAUUGAAAACUGUCGAGCAUUCAGCUUAAAUGCUGUUCAUAAUCCCCAAGAAGCGACUUUGGUUACACUUUCGAACCUCCUUGCUUCCCUUUGAGUCGAUAUUCGAUUACCCUGAGCUUUUCUUUUGGCCAGGAGUCUUGGGGUACUUUCACGGCCACCCUUUUGAAGAGCAUGAGGAAAAAUGCUAAUCCUCACCUGGUAAGGAUUUUCAGUGAUCGAAAAUGGAUCGGUCCGUUUCUCGCAAGUUUACUCGUGUCGGUCACGCUGUUGUUUUCUGCUGUUUUCGGGUUGUUUGGAUCUCCCUACGGUGAGGAUCAAUCCGCGUUUGAGGAGAAGUUGGAUGAUCGAAAUGGGCUCUUCGUAGAAUCAGAAAUAGAUAAAUCGGCCAAUGCCAAUGGCCAUUUAGGUGGGGAUGCACCCAGAUUUGCAUAUCUUAUUUCGGGUACAAAAGGCGACAGUCUGAGGAUGAUGAGAACCCUGCAAGCUGUUUAUCAUCCUAGAAACCGGUAUAUUCUGCAUCUGGACCUUGAGGCGCCGCCUCGCGAACGGAUGGAUCUGUCCCUGUCUGUAAAGAAUGAUCCAACAUUCCGUGAAGUAGAGAAUGUUAGAGUAAUGGCUCAGUCGAAUUUGGUUACUUAUAAGGGACCUACAAUGAUUGCAUGUACACUUCAGGCCAUUGCAAUUAUGUUGAGGGAGAAUUUGCCAUGGGACUGGUUUAUAAAUCUCAGUGCUUCGGAUUAUCCUCUUAUGACACAGGAUGAUCUGCUAUUUGUAUUUGCCAAUUUGUCCAGAAGCCUGAAUUUUAUUGAACAUGCUCAGAUUGCUGGGUGGAAAUUGGACCAAAGGGCAAAACCAAUCAUCAUCGAUCCAGGGCUGUACUUGUCAAAAAAGUCCGAAAUAUCUUUGACCACUCAACGUCGAUCACACCCAACAUCCUUUAAGUUAUUUACUGGAUCGGCAUGGGUGAUGCUAACCCGUGAUUUUCUCGAGUACUGCAUUUGGGGAUGGGAUAACCUUCCUAGAACCAUUCUCAUGUACUACACGAACUUUAUAUCCUCUCCAGAAGGUUAUUUUCACACUGUCAUUUGUAAUGCCAAAGAGUACCGCAAGACUGCGGUGAGCCAUGACCUUCACUACAUUGCUUGGGCCAACCCACCAGGGCAGCAUCCUCUUGAUCUCUCCCUCAGGCAUUUCAAUGAAAUGGUUAAAAGCAAGGCCCCGUUUGCGAGAAAGUUUAGGGAAAAUGAUCCGGUCUUGGGGUUGAUCGACAGUGAGCUAUUAGGUAGGACAAACCGGUUCACACCUGGAGGGUGGUGCAUUGGGAACUCAGAUGGUGACGCUGACCCUUGCUCCUUGCGGGGUGAUGAUUCGGUAUUUAAGCCGGGACCUGGAGCUGAGAGAUUGCUGGAGUUGCUUCGGGAGCUUUUGUCAGAAGGAUUCCGGAGCAAGCAGUGCUCUUAAAUGGUGAGUAGGAUCUUAAGCAACCUCAAGUCUAAAUUUUUGCAUCGGUAGAUCUUACGGUUGAUGUAGUCAUUAUAGUUCACCAGAAUGAAACGGAAGGUAUCUUUUUGAUUGUGGUAUGCUUUUAUGAUUUUCAAUUGCUCUUAGCUAACUGCCUUCUCUUUUUAUC